AUGGAGAGCUACGGUCCAGACAACUUGUAUCGGCACAGCAGAAAGAGCACCAUGUCCAAAAACUGCUGUGCUCUGUACACCGUCAGUGGACAUCACCGGUAAGAGACGCCUUCUUAAAUACGGAUCUACAGGGUCUGUUUUCUCUCGACAAUCUGGAGCAUUUAGAAGAUGUGGUCUGCACAAUAAUUCUUAAACAAUAAACACAUUUGCUAUUGUUAAUAUAUGUCCAUGCUAGGUCAGUAAAUGCAGCACCUGUGUGUGUGUGUGUGUGUGUGUGUGUGUGUGUGUGUGUGGGGGGGGGGGGGGUUGAGUGACCCAAGAUAGGAAUGGAUAUGUCUGAACCGUUGCUCUAGAUUAGUGCAUAAAUUGUAGUUAUACCGUUCUACAUUGCCACACUGUGCAUGAGAAUAAUUUUAAAAUCAAUGCAGGAGAAUGAUACCAUUUAUAAAAAGUGUCAAAGUGUCCUGGUCUGAAAAAUGUCACCAGUGGAGGACUGCCUUAAACUGUUGGACUCCAAUGUCUUUGUUUAGGAGCAGUCUCGUAAUCAGCCCCCCUCAGUUCCUUUUUGAUUUGUAGUCUGCUUGUAAACUGGAGAAACAGUCUGGGUAGUUUUUGGCAGUUUGUAUGUUGUUACUGUGAGACUUGAGUUAAUUCUACUUCUGUUAUACUAAGCAUUUAUUGAUUUGUUCAGCACACUCAGGUCCUUUAAGGUGUCUCGUCUUGUUGUUAUCACGUCAACUUCAUGUCCUUUUGUAGUGAAUAAAUACCUGGUCACUCAUGUUGCUUCCCUUUCCCCAAUCAAGCUGGGGUCUUCUGUAAAUUAUGUCACCCGCAGAGAUCUACUACUAACAGAGCGACAUCCCACUCUGCAGCAGGCGAACAACACUAAAAAAAAGGAAACAAACAUUAAAACUCAAAGAAAACUAAGAGCAUUUUUUCACAGGUCUGAAGGAGUCUGAUUGCAAAGAUUUCUGUCAGUACAUGCAUGGUGAAGUUAAGGGUUAGCAAAACAAUCAACAAACAAGUUAGCAAGAAGCUAACUGUUUGUACAUUACAGCUCUGUGCCUUUCACACAUAAUCUGCUCUUUAUUUUUGGUAAAAAUAAGAUUCACACCAUCUCCCAAACUUAUGAAGAUAACUUUAGGGAGACAACCACACUGGCCCUAUUCUUCACAUUACUGUGCCAUAUGGGUCAAAGUAUGGUGAAUAAACUGUGGAGUAUGUGCAUAAGGCUCAGGCCAGUUUGGUCCAAUUAAAGUCUUAUAGGCUGUAUUGGCUGAGCGAGAUUGUGUUGGUUCAUUCCACUUCAGUGGGGCAACAUAAACUGUGAUUCAUAAAAUAGCUAUAUUGAUAGAAAGUACUAAAAAGAAAUAUCUACUCAUGACAUCCAGUCGAUUUUUAGUAAUCAGUGUUUCGGUGUCGAACUAUUUCCUUUCUGCGGCGCAGUGAUACUUGCACACGCGCAAUCGAAUAUGCAGAGGGGUGAAGCGAUUUUUGUCACAUGGAUCAAUAGGAGCCGUGUCGCGUUGCCAUAGUAUCAGAAAUACACAAACAUGGCAACGAGCGCAUCUAGCAGCGAGACAAGCGAAGAGAAAGAAAAGAACAGGAAAAAAAGAAAACAGCCUUCAAAAGUGCAUAAAAAAGGAACAAAACGAUGCUAUAUGCAUCUAUCAUCUGUCCGGAGUGAAGACGUUCUCGACUUUACAAGGACACGUUGGGAAACUUACAGAACUAGUAUUAGAAAGUGGUUUUCUCUACAGGGUGAGACAAAGGACCAGCCAGAAAUGUACAUAUAUGUGAGUAACACAAAAAACAAUUAUAUAGUGCUGCUGUUUUUGCUUGUAGAAACUGCUAUGUCGAUUCUGGCAAGACAAAAUCUUUCUUAAAUGUCAUAAAUACAUCUACCUAACAUCUGAAACAGUUUUUGGUGCCUUAGUAUACGCAUAAGUGAAUUCAGAUUAUGAAAUGUAGCAAAUUUCUUGAAGAAAACGUCUCAACUCAAGUGAUUUGCACUCAGCACAAUAAAAUAUAUACAGUAAAUUUAGCUAAAAGCUUAUGUUUCAUACAUAAAAAUGACACAACCUACUGUGUAAUAAAAGCAAUAAAAUAUAAACAGCACAUUAUGGCCAUAAAUGGCUGAAAGUGAAUCAAAUUGCUACCAUGCCCCCCAAAAUUGGAAAAUGGAAAAAAUGUAACAAGACAAAAAUAAAUGCACAAAAGGUCUGAAUUAAUUCAAAAUAUGGUAUAAAACAUUUAUUCAAGUAUCACAGUGUCAAAACAUCUGACAUUUAUCAAUCCCUCCAGAAUAUGAAAAUAAAGAUCAAAACACAAACACAGACAAAUGUAGAACAAAUAUGAAAAUAAUAAAAAUCUCAAAUCUCUGUGUAGCUAUCCUUUAAACAAAACAAAUUGUACAUAGUGACAUGGUGCGUAUAUUACACAUCACUAUCACUUUCAUCGGAGUCAUCAUCCCAUGCAGCUCUUUCUUCUGUUUCCUUUGAAGCAUUCUCACAUGCUUGGCAACGACAUAAAUCUGUACAAGAUAGUCUUGCAGACAUACAAGAACAUCCAUACAUUCACAGGUUGUGAUUCGACCAGUGCCUUUCAUGGGAAGGGCAAAAGAAAAACAUUUUCUGUUGCUUGUCAGAAAGAAGAAUACCUGACUGGGUUUGCAAAUCUAGGCAACAGUUUUAACCUUGACCAAUCCACCUUCAACACACUGAGUAAUUAUGUGUGCCAUAGUUUAUGUUGCCCCAUUGAAGUGGAACGAGAUUCACUUUCUAGGCACUUUUUCCUCUGUCCCAAUACAGCCUAUUACUCCAGUCAUUUACUACUUAAAAGUGUUCUCAGUGGUCUUGAAAUUGUGGUUAUUAAGUUUUUUAGUAAGAAUCACAUAACCUGUCUCAUUUUCAAGGGCUUUUCUUCUGCAGAGCUCCAACAGCUCAUUCGCAAAUCCCCUCUGAGUUGUGGGCGGAGACAGUGCUGCUCCGCACACUACUCUUCAUGUGAGCUUGUAGCCUAACAUUGCUGGUGUAGUAGAAGUACCAGGUAACAUAGGAGCUAUUCAGCUCUCUGCCACAAAUUUUUUUUAAGGCAUCAUGAAAGUUAGUAUCAUAAUUAGCUUUGUAAUGAACAUUGUAAUCCGCUAAUGCACACGCUUGUUCCGCCAUUGUCCUUUCUAUUUCUCUGAGCCUGACCUGCAUGGCAGGGCUCUGGGGCCAGAGCUUGGAUUUGCAAGGUCUCACUGUUUCUGAUCCUGCCGUUGGGGUCUGCCAGAGGUUCACAGCAGUUUGAAUGCAGAAAUACUCAUAAAUGCAAUUUUGUAUUUAUUUUUCUCAUGAUAUGUCUUGUAGCCACAGAAAAAUGCCAUAUGAAAGUAUAAAAAAACAAUAAAAACAUGAUUUUCAUCGGAGUGGGUCUUUGAGGUUUAUACAUGCAGGAGAAAAUCCACCCCCCACUGCAUGAUCUAAGUAUGUAAGUCUGGCUUGAGCAAUCUGACUUAGUGCAGUUUCAGUCUGACUCAUGUAUUUAAAUGUAUUUAAAGCCCAUUUUCAGUCUGAUAAAGGCAAGUAGGCCAUCAUUUCUAAAAUUAUGUAAACAUGCUGUAUGAGAGAAUAACGUCCUUAGUAAUGAGUUCAUGGGCUUAGUCUUUAGUUUCAAAGUUUCUUCCAUCUAAUAUGGUUCGGGGCUAGCACCUAUUAUUGACAAGUCAACAUUCAGGCUGCCACAAUUUUUACAUUGUGGAGCUAAUGCAAAAGUACUAAAACCUGCAGUUCCUCCAGUACCUACUUAGAGUUGGCUUUAAAAACAGCAGAAACCACAUACACACCCAUUCUAAUAAGCCCAUCUUUACUGCAAAUAGAAACUGUGAAAAAACAUGAGUGCAGUCAUAGACUGUUAUUACAUCGAUCUUUUACACAGUCGACGGUCUUAAUAACAUUAAACUGUUCUAAAAGACAGUCUGAAGCCAAUUGUUGAUUAUUUGGGUGGGGACACUUUGCUAAAAUCAUGUGACUCUGCUGCCUGAACUUUGUGUUACUGUGAAAAAAAAAAAAAAACACAUGAACUGUGAAUCAGAAAAAAAACAACAUUCUAAUCAACAUCUGAUAACUUGGUGUUUGUCAAUGUUUUGCAGCUCCUUCUAGUCCUAACUAGCUCAUUUUUUCAGAUGGUGAUGGAAAAUUUGCCAAAACUAGCUGUUUUAUGAAGUAGUCUUUCUAAUAAAAUAUUAAAGACACACAGACUACUUUGAUUCCCAUUCAGUAAAGCCGUCUUGCCUGUGAUAGGUCAAACCCUACUAAACCGUGUCAAAGUGCCAGAAACUGCAGUUUCUUCAGUAACCACUAGAGACUGCCCCCUAAAGUAAGUCAAUCCCCAUAGAGCCCAAUUUUACAGUCUUUAACUUUACAGCAGAACCACACAUGUUUACAGCCUGGUAUAACUAAACUGUUUUGGCCUCUUUGUUCAUGGAAGCACCACAAGAGGUUGAUUUUUAUAUCACAUCUUUUUUAUUUGUAUCACUAUAGAUGAUUACUUCUAUACUUGGUGAUACAAAAUACCAUGAUAAAACCAAGAGUCUGGUCUUAGAGAUUAGGGAAAGUAUUAAUAUUUAGCCAGCACAGAGCCUCCUGGGGAGCUAUAGGACUGCAAACAUUUCAGACUGAGAAAAGUGGAGCAACAUCCUGCCCUGCAAUCUGUGCACUGGCACCCAACUUUCAAAGGGAGCAUAUCCACUAACUAUGUAUCAUUUUAUACAGUAUAUUUGUACCCUUUUUUUUUGCAGAAACUUGCCACUUUAGAUUCUCACUUUGCAGCAGCUCGGGUUAAGAUUCAGGAAUUUUUACGCCAGGUCUCUUUUGCUUUGUGCAGAGACAGACAGCGAGCAAAUUCGGGGGAAUUCAAAUGUUCAAACUCUAAAUAAACUGUUCCUUCUCAUUUUAAGGCUGUGGUCAGCAAUGCAAACUGCAGACGCUAUAGGGACAUCACUUGAAGGUAUUCAUCAGCUGUCACUAAGUUCCCUCUGCAGACACAAAGACAUGAUAACAUCUUUGUCAUGGGUUUUGUGCAGACCUUGUCCAGAGCUGUCUCUCUCUCUCCAAAAUGUGCUGGAUAUUUUUGUGAGCUUUGUUGAAUCUGUAAAAGAUUUCACCUGAAGAACUUAGUACUGCUUUAAAAUCUGCAUUUUCUCGGGGUACACAUUUAAGAAUGUUGUUCAAUUUGAUUCUAUAGGGACCUUUAUUAUCCUGCAAGAAAACUUGCUGAUGUUUUAGGAUUUAAGCAGCCAGAGAGCUUUAGUUCAUCUGGUUUGUGUUUGUGUUUCAAAGGGCGUCUGCUGUCUGUUUGCACAGCUCAGCAUGCAGGAGACUCAGUCUGCAGUAAUGAUCACUGGCUCACUGUGUGUCACUGAUACUUAAUGUGAAUCAAACUAAGAUGAAUUUCCUGCAGAGCAUUUGGAGUGAAAUGAUCCAGAAAUGAAAUGCUAACAAUGGAGAAAUGAGAGCUUUUAUGCAUGACAAAAAGAGACAAUGUAACAAAUCAAAGUACACAAAAAUAGUUCUCGAGCAGGAAAUAAUGAGAGAGAAAUUACAGACAAAAAUUAUUGUAUCUGUAACAAAUGUGGAAAGACUAUCAAAGAUCAUAAAGUGACAUAACAUCCACAAAAUUAAUGUUUUUAAUCUUCAUUGAAAGAAAUAGAAUCAGGAAAGUUCAGAAUUGGCCAUUUUUUAGAGGAGUCAGAGUUUUAUAAACUUUGUAAUAAGAGAAUUGAGAGAAACAAGCUUUAGUUUAGGUAUUCUUGUGUGUGGAUAUACCUUUUUCUGCACAUGCUCAGUGUGUUUACAUUCAUUUCUCAUUUUGGUGAAAGCAUGCCAUGAACAAAAACCUUAAAUGUGUGUGUGUGUGUGCGUGUGUGCGUGCGUGUGUGCGUGCGUGCGUGUGUAAUCAGUGUAGUGUACGAUAAUGAAAUCUAGAGGCAGAGGACAGAGGAGAGACUGAUAUGUGGACACAAAGACACUUGUUUGUUGACAGUUAUUAUGGCCCAGUGACCCAGAGUUCAUAUCAGUUAGUUCUGAUUUUAGUUCUGACACACACACACACACACACACACACACACACACACACACACACACACACACACACACACACACACACACACACACACACAAAGAGGCAGGAUAAUGGCUGGAUCAUAUUUCCCUGUUCAGGCUGAACAUGAAGGUAAUGAAGGCAUUAACAUUUUCACACACUUAAAGGCUGACCAGUCAGCACCUCAGGUUCUCGGCACUGUGGGAAGUCCUUGUUUUAUUUUAAUUGAAGCUUAUUCAAUGUGAUCUUCAUCCAAAAUGUACAACCGUACUCUUUUAAAGGGGAAAUACAGAUAUUUAGUUUGAAAGCCAAGAAACUCCAAAUUGACUUAGUUUUACUAAUUAAAGCAACUGCAAGAAGUUUUUUUUUGUGUUGAUUAAAAAAUAGCCUGAAAUUCCUUUUGACAGUCAGAUUCAUCAUUUAUUGUGAAUAUUUCAUAAAGAAAUUGUAACAGAGCUGUUUCUUCAGCUGUUCGGCUGACACCUAACCCCUCACUCUAGGGGUGAUGAAAAGUUACACUGAAAAACCAUCAGUCUCAUUGCUGAUGGUCUCGUUUGUUUUUGUCUGUAAUAAAAAGACACAAAUAUGAAUUCCGCUCUGUUUCAUCAAUGUCUAAAAACUCUUGACUGGAGUUUAAUUUGCCUGACCUGAAUUAUUCCAGGUGAAAUCAGAUUUUUCUGAUUUUCUGACACAAACUCAAAACACUGACUCACAUUUUCCAAGAAAGCAUGAGCUCAGCGGUCAGGACAGCAGCGUGUUACAAGUGUUUUCGCUACCUGACCCUCCUGCAGUAAGGGAAAAUAAGACUCUAUGUUAACAAAAGGAAGCUGGUCAGAUUUCUUCCUGUUUGGGCAGUCAUGACGGCCUGAACAUGAAAAAAAGGGAAAACAGUUUUGUUCCUGUGUAACCUGAGCUGAAAAAGAGAGUUUUACCUGCUGGAGCAAAAUAAUUCAGCCAAGUAACAGGGGGAAAAAUGACGCUUGAAACAAAGUUGUGUAGAGAUGUCACAGAUCAAAGGUUUAAACACACACUCACCCAAACACACACACACACACACACACCACCCUGUCCUACAAACUGAUUGGCUGUGACAUGUGAGACCAGGAGGCCCCUGAGACACGCCCACAAACAGGUGAAUGAGCAGGGAGGGUCAGGCUGCAGGGUUAGUUCAGCUCUUACUGCCGCAGACAGACAAACACAAACUCAAACACACACUCAGAGGAAGAGAAAGGAGAGGAGGAUCGGUGGGGAGACCAAAGUGAAGAGCAUGAUGACAGAGCAGAGCGUGAACCAGCUGGAAGAACCUCACAGGGGUAACAGAGGAUCCUCAAACCACGAGGAGAGAGACAAUCCGUGAGUGUCGGACUGCAAACAGCCUCAGAUAUCUGAAAUAUGCUCUGCAGAAAUGUGUGUCUUACACUUUAAAGUAGUGCAGUAGGAGUGCAUGAUGGUGCCAGUAGUUAUAAGAGUGUUUUAACAGAAGUUACACUAUUGUGUUCAAGAAGUAAGUGGGAAAAUUGACAAAUUUACAAACUAUUGUCUUCUCUCAGCUUCAAAUACAAGAUGCUGUUCUGCUUUUCUGUGACAUGUUUCUAGAAAGUUAAAAAAACAUUUGCAUUAAUUACAAGAUGAUGAUACAGAAGCAAACAUGUAAAUAACAAUGCCUAAAAUAUGGAUGAGGCGGACUGUAAUGAUUCAAAGGACCAAAAGCACUAAAUUCAUUGGCCAACAGAGAUAGUUCAUCAAGUUGUGUAUUUACUCAAAUACGGACAGAAAAGUGGAAAAAACACACAAUUCUGUUCCCCUAAUUUCAUUAAAAUACUGUGUACUAACAUGGGGAAGGUUGAUCUGGUUGCAGAAAUAGAACAAAAGAGAGUCUCAGUUUCUCUGUAAAAAGUCCUUCAGAGGCUUCACUCUGGUUUACUAUUCAUCUGUCUGUGGAGAGUCAGUUUCUUUGUAAAUAGUCUCCCAGAGGCUUCACUCUGGUUUACUGUUUAUCUGUCUGUGGAGAAACUAUUUCCAGAAAAACUGUGACUCCUCAAAGAUAUAUGAACUGUUGCUCUCCUAAGCAGAGAGUGAGCAAAAAUUGCAGUUUUGUGAGCUCAUGAAGUGGCCCCUGAAACCUGCAUGCCUAAAUGUCGAAGCCACAAAAAGCUUCCAAACAGAUCUGUGGAAUUUGUACGAGAAAACUGUCUUUGACAAGUAUGUAAAACAGCAUGUAAAACAAGUGAUUUUACUUUCCUCAGAGUUGAUCCUGCUUGAAGAGUGAAGGAAGUGUUUGCCUGAUUGCACUGAAGUGUGAAGGGAGUGUUUUUGUUGGUUACUCUUGAUUACUGAAUGGGUUUAAUGAGCCAAUAAUCAACAGUGUCACUUUGCAGACAUAACUGCAGGAGCAAAUCUGAGUCUUGAUACAUCCUUACUUCUGAAGUUGGUUAUUGGACUGUAAAAAAAUGCAGGACGCUGGAAAGACAGUCUUUCCUUUUGGUUCAUGCAUAUCAGUUGUUCUAUUUGAAUAAAAUAUCACAAAUAUGUGAGUGCGCAAACGUGUGGGUAGAAUGUUGAAUGCAUCUCAAAUUUGCAUCAGUCAGACAUCCAACCUGCUCAAUUUGUGCAGCAUACUCCUGUUAUUUGUGGCGCCCAAAAAGAACCUUAAAUUGAUGUCUGCCCAUUGACUUUAUAUGCAGUUCACUCAUACAUGAUUUCAUCUGCAUCACAUUAGAGGUUCAGACGUUCACUGAAAGGUUCUCAGAUUGACUCAAAUACAAACCCAAACUGCUUGCUAUUAUAGAUCAAUCCUUCAUAUUUUUAAUACCAGUUGUAUCCACACAGCAUCUGAUAAACAGUACUGCAGGCUUGCAGCUUAUCAAGGACAGUACGAGUCCUUAUCCCACGGUAAUGUCAUCUUUGACGUCAUAUAGGAUCAUUCUGUGUUAUAAGUAUAUAUGUAAGCCCAAGAGCUGCAUUCAAUGGUCAUUUUAGUGGAUUUCUCUGCAGGAACUUUUCAAAGGGGGCUGAGGACCUGUAAGUGUGUUUUAGUCAAAGGGACCAGGUUCUGAAUCAAAUCCCAGAAAAAUUACCAUAUUUUUUGGUUCCUGAGGUCAAAAGUUCCUGGUCGUUUGGUGGAAACAUGUUUUUUGUGUUUAUGAAAUCUCAUGUGAGGUUGAUAAAUACGCAUUUGUGUCUCAACGUGUCUCUCAACGUAACAUUUAUUUGGUGGGGAAAUUUUUGUUGAUGUUCUUGUGUACAAGCUUUAAAGGAUUUAAAUUCACCCUGACUUUAACUUUGUCUGACCUGUUAGUACAAUUAAAAUAUAUUUUAAAUCCAGUCUGGAUUAUCCUCUGUGAACUGGUUUAUAAUCUUCUCUCUGUUUCUGCUCUCCUUAAUGGUAAAUGGAGUAUUCUCUUUAACUAUGCAUGAUGUUCAUUUUUUUUCUGUCUGUCUGUCUGUAGUUCAGAUGUAGAAAACGUGGAUGAGCGUCACAGAUACGAGAGGAUGGUCAGCGAUCCACUGCCGGUGGUAGAUCCAGAGCAACAGGAGCUUGCAGGCAGGAGGAAACAUGCGUUAGUCCGGUAUUAAACUCUUUUUAAAGGUUGUGCAUAAAAACAGCUCUUCAUAUGUUUCUAGUCAGACUGUAAAUAGAAAUACAAACAAUAAAAGACUUCUCAGGAGUCUCAAGCAGGACAUGAAAUCAAAAUCCGUCUGUGAAAGUCCCUGUAAGGGUUUUAACAGAGACAGAGCCUUUGGUCAUUUUUACAACAGAGAGAGAUGGUGAGCAGAUGUCUUCACUGUUCUCAUCUUAAAGAUCAUUCUCCUUCUUUAACCCUGGAUGGUUUAUUUACUGUAGUUUCUUCUUAUUUCCUCAGAGAUGUAUCAAUAGGGCAUCCAUCCUGUACAGACUUACAUGACACUAGAAAAUGGAUAAGAAAGACAACAUGAGGAGAAAAAGAAAAAAUAGCAACAUUGCUGAGAGAAAUUUAAGGUUGAACAUGUAUUUCCCAUAUCUUUCAGUCUUUGUGAUGUGAGCAAAUCAAAAACCGUUGAUCUCAUCUACAGCUACCAAACUACAUAUUUUGGUGAUAUUUGCCACUAAAUUUCUGGGCUGUGUGUAAUACAGCAUGCUCAAAAAAAAAAGCAGGAAAACUUGAAAAAAACUGCAUCACAAAAAACUGCCAAGUUUAAAUUGAUAAAGCUUUGUAUCAUUUGUAUGAUGGCCCGUAAAGUCAUAAAUGUUUCAUAAAAGCUGACAAAUAUUUACAAAACACAAACAUGUUUCAAGCAAAUAAAACAUUAAAAAAAUACAAACUUUUUCUUUUUUUUUUUUGGAAAACAAAUAAAUUUUGAAAACAAUUUGCAAAUGAACAAAUUCAUUAUCAAAACUUCAAAAUUAUUUGGAAACAAAAAGUUUUAGAAAAAAAUUGUGGAAAAAAUUGGAAGAAAAUAUAAAUGUGUGUUCAGUUUUUAAAAACUUAAACAGUGUUUUAAAUUUUUUUGCUAAUUGUUUGUAUGAUACUUGAACAAAAAUCCCAAAUCAAACACAAAAAAGGAAUCAUAUGAACAAAAAGACAAAAAAAUAUCAACAAAACAGGGUCCAACUGAGAGACAAGAGAAACUCAGGGAAGAUACGGCAGGAUUCAUGAUAACAAGGACAGACAGAAAAAGCUGACACCAUAAGAGGGAAUGACAGAAUGGAUUCCCUCUGGGAGACAAGCAACAAGUGAAACACAGGAGACACGGGCAAAACUAAUGAGAGUUUUCAAAAAAGGAGGGAAAACAGCAAGUAAACUGAAGUAGACACUCAAGGACUUAAUACUACAAAAUAAAACAGGAAACACUAAAGAGUAAAAAAACAAACAAAAGGACAUCAGGAACACAAGUACAAAGAACACACACAGAGAAAAUGAAAAAUACACAAAAAUCAGACUAAACACAAAACAAGGGGAAAAAAUGGAUCUACACAAACUCAUCAUGAGAAAAAGAAGUUCCACUUUUUGUUGUCCCCCAGAAAUCAAAGGUCAUCCCAUUACAUGUCCAUUUUUCCACGUUUGCACUGUUACGAUGACAUAAACAUCAUCAGCUCUAACUCAGGUCAGCCCACAUUUUUUACUGGGAGCAGGAGAGGAAAAGUCUGGACAAAUUUGGGCAGAAAAACUGAGAUGUUUUUGUUCACACAUGCAGCUCACCGUGGAGUUUGUAUGUGUGAAUACAGAUUUUUCUUAUGUACUGUGCAUCGCCACAUGCUUUUUCAUAGCUGUUGUCCAUAUAUUAUAUUUUCUAUAAAAUUUAUGUAAUAUGACGCAGUGACCUCUGACUGCUGGUGUUAUACAAAUAUAUCAGAGUGCAAAGUGUCUCUGAUAAACAGCCCAUCCUGUCAGGUGCGGUAUAAAACAAUAUAUUUAUCCUCCAUCAAUUCUGAUCUGUCUCUCUCUCUAUCUCUCUGUGCAGGUCAAAGACCUUCGAUCACUCCCUCCUGACUCAGGUCCAACCAGACACUGACUCCAAGUUAGAGAGGAAAAAGUCUCAGUACAGCCAGGUGAGGUUUUAUUACUGUGAGGAACCUGUUUCUGAGCCAGACUGAAUUUCUGCUGGCUGCUUUCUUUUAAUUAGUCAAUAAUCUGUCAGUCCUCUCUCUGAUUUUUGUGUGUGUGUGUGUGUGUGGUUUGUGUUUCAGCUUUCGAAGAGCAAUGGCCAGUAUCAUAAAAUAUUCAAGGAGAUCAGCAAAGAGGAGCAGCUCAGACAGAGUGAGUCUGUAAUGAUCACAUAUUUCUGCCCCACCUUAAAUACUGGAUGAAGGUGAAGAUGAAAGUUCAACAUUUGAUCCUUUUGAACUUUCUUCUAACUCCAGAUACACAUCAAGUUUCUACUCAAAUGACUUUGUCCUGUUUUCAUGAUGCUUCAAAUGUUUUUAAUAGGUGACAGUCAGGACUGCAUCAGUCCAGUUUCUCAGCAGAACUCUUCUCCUACAGACACAUGCUGUUGUAAUCACUGUUGUCAGAAUGUGGUUUGUCAUUGUCCUCCUGAAAUAUGAAAUACUUUGUCUGGAUGUCAGCAGAUGUUGCUCCUAAACCUGUAGGCAUUGUUCAGCAUUAAUGGAGCCUUCACAGAUGAGGAAGAUACCCAUGACAUGGACUCUGAUGAUCCCCAUACCAUCAUAUUUCAUAUUUCUGCUCUAUCCUCCCUAAAGAGGGAGGAUACAUCCUCUUCUCCCCAGUCCACCUUAAAAGGGCUCAGAUUCAGAGAAGUCUCUGGUGUUUCUGGAUCCUGUUUCUAUCUGGUUUCCUCUUUGCAUGGCCCUGUUUUAACUUGCAUGGAAGUCUUUUUGAGCCCAUGCAGUGAUUUCCACUCCAGAGUCCUGCCUGUUUUUAAUGCAGUGCUGCCUGAGGGUCUGAAGAUCAGGACCAUCCAGUCUUGGUUUUGGUCCUUGUCCCUUUGGUCAAGAGAUAUCUCCAGAUUCACUGAAUCUUUGAAUGGUAGUAUGUUCUGUAGAUGAUGAAAUGAUGAACUCAUUCUUUUACAUUUGAUACUCAGGAAAAUUAUUCUGAAACUGUUGAACUGUUAGCUCACGCAGUCUCUCACAGAGUGGUGAACCUCUUCCCAUCUUUCCCUCCAGGACUUUUUUUCAGUAUUUUUUCAGUAUAACACAACUUUUUUCAUUUUUCAAUAAUUUAUAUGCUGUUUGUACUGUUAUUCAUUAAAUGUAGGUUUCAAUUUGUUUUAAUGAUGACGGUUAAUCAAUGUUUUUGGGUUUCAGUAAGAACAGGAAUGCGGCAACCAACAAACUGUUCACCCAAUCAAAGAGAAAUGUUUUCACCAAAAACUGGAAUUUUUUGAAGAAAGUCUAACACAGUUUGAAGAAUCUAGAGAAGCUUCUUCUGUGUCUUAUAUAACUUUUCUGCUGAUUUUACAUGAUUUCAUCUGCAGCCAGAACAGACUUGAAAAAUACAGAUAUGGACAAAGAGCCACUUGAAAUUUGAUGUCACCAUUGCAGUUGUUUCAAUAAUGAAGCACUUUGCCCUCUUCUCUCUCCCUAUCUAACAGUUGUGUUCAGAUUUCCCAUAGUAACCUGAUGCUGUUUAUCUGUUUGUCAGGUUACACCUGUGCUCUGCAAAAAGACAUCCUCUACCAGGGACGCAUGUUUGUCUCUGACCACUGGAUCUGCUUCCACUCCAAGGUGUUUGGAAAAGACACAAAGGUAAGACUGCUUUUAAAAAGACAGUUCAGGACAGCUUACUGUUAUUUUGAAGUCCUGUCUGUGUGUUAAAGUAGGUUUCAAACAUUAGGCUCUGUGCGAAAGAAUUCCAAGAUUUCACCCUGGAGGGGUUGUAUCACAAGGAGCACAGAGUUUCUCUCUCUGUUUUUUGGUUCUCGUCAGAGACUCAAACUGAGGCGUCACAGUGUUACUGACUGCAUUAAACAUGUCCAUGAGUUGAUAACAGUCCUGCAUGUUACAUUUAAAGAGAGAUUCAAUUGUUAAAAAGAACAUGCAGUUGCUUCACAAGAAUUUGUAAGUGUAGCGCAUGGAUAAAAAGAUGCAAAUAUGUUUCUCAAAUUGUGCUCUGUAAGUUGUCCUGUCUGCAGUGUUGCUGGAGUUUGACCCUCUCAGAUAGGUCCUCUAAACGACACGUGAGCUUCCUAUAUGAUUCUCCACCUUCAGACUUCAGAUCAUUUCUCACAGUGUGAACAAGACUUCCCACAGGACGAGUAAAACUGUACCAGUAGAGAGUGAAGUUGUCUCUGCUGAGCAGAGCUGUCCAUUCUGGUGUUUGUGUGUCUCAGAUUGCCAUCCCAGUGAUGUCCAUCUCACACAUCAAGAAGACCAAAACUGCCAUCCUGUUGCCAAAUGCUCUGGUGAUCGCUACUGCAAAUGACAGGGUGAGAAGAAAGUUAUUUCAUGUACUGUAGGACUUUAAACAAGACGCAGGGCUCUAUUUUCGUGCCUCGCCGGAGACGUGCCGCAGGCGCGGCUGAAGUCAGGUCCGCCGCGCCGACAAGGCGUUCCCAAGCACAAUUUGGUAUUUUGGUGAGAGGCGCAGCCCGGUUUAAGUAUCCCCCCUCCCUAACUCAGCUCCUCCCAGUGGCGUAAGUCGUGGUGAGGAAGGAGAAAGGGCGUGGAGUGGAUUUAACACAGCCGAGACCUGUUUUCACUAAUCACAUCAGCUCCUCUCCUUGCCUUUAAAUCCGCCACAGGCGAGGCGUAUUACUAUUUUCAUGAAGUAGUCAAAGAGAUCAAGAGAUGUCUCAAGGACAGUAAUGCCACAAGAUGGCGACAGAGGGCAGCUCCUCAACAAGUGUCCUCCACACUCUCUCAUAUGAGCACAGAGGGAUUUGGUGUGUGUAAUGUUGGACCCACUGGUAAGACAAACAUCCUUUUCCACAAAUAAAGACACUCACAUAAAGUUGCAUAUAUUCAAACCUCAUGUGACAAAGGUGGGUUGAGCGCACAGAUCACAACAUUAACUCCAAAAAUGGUAUUAAAAUCGGAACCAUCUGUGUGUAAAUGACGCAUCGCGCUCCGUGACCUGGCCCUUUCUUUCAUAGAUGUUGGCAUAUAAGAUAAAUUUGGCUCACAAAACUGAAUAUUAUAAUAUCCGCAUGUAGAUAACUCAUCUGAGCGCUGAAACAAAUCAUCUGUUCAGCCGCUGCAGCUGGAGCAGGACGGAGAGAGGACACGGAGACAUGUCCAGGUCGAGCUGCGUGAGAAAUAAGAGGAAGAGGAAGAAAGAAAAGGAGGGAGACGAAUUACAUACCUUGUUAACUUCAUCAUGUGUGUUUAUUUACUAGAUAUUUAAUUUAAUUUGAUGCAGUUUCAGCUGUAUUGAUUCGGUCAGGUUGUGUGUAUAAACGCGUGCCAACCGCGCUCAUCAGAUCAGAUAUAGAUCAGAUUAUAUCUAUAGAUCUAAAUGUGUGUGCUGACUCAGAUUAUUAGUUGUUGAUGAUUAUUUAUUGCACUGAAAUGUGCCUGACACUGUGGAAACCUGCCGGUGAGGCAUCAGUGACGUAUGCCGAUACGCCGCCGGUCUACCAAAAUACUACUAGACCAGUUGAGCUCCGCCUGCGCUGAAAGCUGACCAGGUUUGAAUCGGCAAGUUUUUAGCGCACUUUACACGCCGGUGGCGAGCACGAAAAUGUCACUGCGCCCGCUGAUUCUGUCGACACCUUCCCCUGCCUCGCCACCACGCCCACCUUGGCGGAUCUCGGUUCGCCUCUGUGCGCCUCAGUCCACGAAAGUACCAAACUGGCUGUACGCCGGGCUCCGCCAGACGAAAAUACAACUGCGCGGGGUCCGCCACCCUCCGCUGCCUCACCGACGAGGCAAGAAAAUAGAGCCCGUAGACUUCAUUCUGUGAGCUAACAUCUGAAACUGUGGUGUUUGUUUGACCUAACAACUCAACAAACAACUUUUUUCCAUGUUAACUGUACUUCGGUUUAAAAAUCUGACAGAGAAAAACAUUUUGCAGAUGUCCUGUUAUGUUUUUGUUGCAGUACAUGUUCGUGUCCUUCCUAUCCAGAGACAACACCUACAAGUUCUUGAUGUCUGUCUGUCUUCAUCUGGAGGUAGGACCGGCCUCAAAAAUGCAUGUCCCAGUUAUCUGCCAUUGACCAUGAAACUGUUCAUGGAAGUUUUUCCCAUUAAGAGUAACUCUUUAAAAAAACAUGAAUCCUCCAACACUCAUGUAAAAAGUAUGAAUGAUUUGUUGUUUGGCCUUUAGUUAUUUUUUUUUCCUAUUUUAUUUAUGUCAGUGUCAAAGCAGAGAUACUGUUGCUGAUCUAAACUGAGUCAAAGUUUGCCAGGAAUUGAUGUUUUUAAGAGAUAUUAACUUACUUUUCCAAGACUAAAACUCAAAUUGCAUGUGCUUUGUAUUUGUACGUGAACAGGAGAAGAGUCCGUGUAGCAGCCCCAUCCCCUCUUCAGCAGAGAUCAGCUUUGGAGGCCAAAGGUCACCUCUUACUCCUCGUUUCCCUUUAGUAAGUCAGACAAAAAUGAUUUAAGUAGUGCCAAUACCAUUAUCGUUUCUGCUCAUCAGCUCUAUUCAGUAUCUAAAAGAAGACCCAGAAAAGUUUUGGGAAUCACCGCUUCACAAUAAAAUAAAAAGCAACAGAGCUUAUGACUUACAUGAUGCCUAAUGUUUUUGCAGAAUUUUGGAGGUGAUUUUAGCGAUCUGGACGGAGCAGUGAGACAAAGGAGGCAGGAGAUGGAGGAGAGCAGCAGCUCUGACUCCCAGACCCCCGACUACGACAAGAUAGCAGGUAAUACCAACCAAGUUGUUCAACAUCCAGUUACCACACUUAUAGACCAAAUAUGACCAAAAACUCAACCAGCCAUCGCAUAAACAAACAACUCAACCAAACCAAUCAAAUGACCAGCAAACUAACAAACACAGCAACUGAUCAACCUCUCUACCAACCAACCGAUCAAGAAAUCAGUUUCCUAAAAUUCUGUGAGUGAAUUUAAUAAUCAACAAACCAACCCUUCAACCAAAAAAACAAAAAACAAACAACGGCAGGAAAAAAAAAAAAAAAAAAAGCCAACCAACAAACAAACCACACAACCAGCUUACUACCUCUCAACAAACCAAUCAACUGAUCUACCAACUGUUUCAACAAUUCAACAAGCAGUCAGUCAGUCAAGAACAAGCUACCAAAAGAGGGACUCAAAUGCAGGACACUCAAGACCAGGGGGGUAUUCCAUGAAGCUGGCUUAGCUCAAAGCCUGGCUUAUUUCGGUUAGCUUGGCUAAUUUUAGUGAGAGCUCGGUUCCACAAACGAGGCUUAGGUCUAGCGUGGCUAGGUAACCAUGGUAACUCAGCCAGCACAACAAGCCUGGUCCCAGGCAGGCUUACGGUCAAGCUAACCUUAGCUGCGUCUCAGAGAAGGUCCGACUGGCUUCCAGAAGACGCUUUGUGAACCGCGUGUCACACAGUAAUUUCAUCUUUAUCUGUAAUAAAUGAUGCUCUUGUUUGGAAAAAUACAUUGAGAGCUUUUUAAAACAACUUAGGAAUACGUGAAUCCGGACAUGCCCAAUACUACGCCAACCUCAGAGAAAGAGAAAUUCAGUAGCUGAGUGGGUAAAGAGAAGUUCCGGUAAAGUGUGUUUUUCACUGCUCUGUGGGUUAGAUCCCGUCAGCUGUAAUUAUUUAGAAAUAUCUGAUUUUCUUUCUUUUAUUCUGUGACUCUCAAUGUACUGUCAACACAUAACAGAAUAAAGGCACAAACGAUCUCAUCCAAAACACUGAAGGUGACAACAGCAACAAUUUCCCAUUAAAAAAACCUUCCUUUCACCAGUGGUCCAUUCUGAUUAUGAUGAUGAUCAUGUAAAGGUGAUGGCAAAUGAGGACAUGACUACUCUGUGUACAAGCUCAUUUGUGUCUUCUCCCUCAUUUAAAUGAAGGGCGCUGUGCCACUAUUAUCCCUAAUAAUAAUAAAAAAAAGACAUCUCCAGGUACAUGUUUUUCUUCACUUUUUGUCUAAGUUUGCCUGCUUUGGUUUUAGGUCUUACCUGUAGCUGCUAUACUAAUCCAUUAUGCGAUAUCUAUUUGUCAAAUCAAGAACAUGAAUUAUGCCUACAGUACAGUAGCGGUUUAAGGCACGGGCGAACCGGGCAGCCGCCCAGGGUGGCAUUUGUGUCAUGACUCAUGGGGGGCGGCACGAGCACUUCCAAAAAAGAAAGAAAAAAGAUAAUAAUAAUAAUAAUAAAUCUGCACCGCAAAGCGGUUUUGUAUUAACUCUUGUCAAAUUGGCGCCCCCUGCUGCUGUAAGUGCCACUGCUUGCAGCGAAGCUGCUGCACAGAGGCUGACAGACUGUAUAAGUGAGCUGCACAGACACGAGAUGAAAAGUUUUUAAAAAAAAAAGUGUUUACAGUACAUACGCAGAAGUGAGGAAUAAAAUUAGACAGCCAAGCAGGCUGACUGCAUCGAGACAUGCGUCGGUUGUAAAAUAUUUGUCGGCUAAAUCUAAACGGUCUGCGAUACUUAACCACGCCAUCUCCCUGGCUUUCACAAUGGCAACAGUGUUGCCCUUCUUUUGAAUUUUUCCCUUGUACUCUUCGUACAACUCCAUGAGGAGUGUUUGCUCCGCCACUGAGAAAGACUCCGCUCUGCCCUUUUUUUUCCCAUGAUCUCGUCAUUUCGACAAUCGAUACGUCGGGGCUUUUAAUGUACCAUGGAGACGCGUGCAUAGCCGCGGCUUGGAUAAGCCUGGCUAGAAUAAGCGUCUCUGAAAAACAGCUGAGCCUCGUUAGUGGAACGAGUUGCAGCUAAGAUUAAAGUGGCCGCUUAUUCAAGCCACGCUUACCGGCGAUAGCCCAGCCUUCUUUAGCCAGCUUCAUGGAAUACCCCUUAGUUCUUACAGGCAAAAAUCAGGGUUUAUUCAGUCCAAGGUUCGGUACACAGUAAGGCAAUCAACAAAUAACUAAUAGACCAACAAAUGACUUCACCAACCAGUUUCUAGUACAGAGCAUGAUUUUCAGGCCUCAACAAAUGGUCAACUCAGGUUUAUGUUCAAAGAUAGAUAUGUUAGGAUUUAAUCUGGAAGUUCAUUCAUGGUUCAUGGAAGAGGUAAAGGACUUAACUAUUUUUCCAGCACUAUACCCAAAUCCUAAGACUAGCUUGGUUAAACAGAGAGGGAUGGACCUUUACACCUGGGCUUGAUAAAAAUCAAGUUUCUAUGUCUGCCUGUGUCUGUCUGCAGAGUUUCCUGUCACUCAGUUUUUGGACGUGUCCAAGCACACAGAGGGAACGACUCCUCAUGAGCAUCCAGACCAUCACCACAAAAUAAAGAACCAGAACCAGCACCAGCACCAGAACCAAGAUCAGAACCAGCAUCAGUGCCAGCAAAGCACAGAGAGAAAGAAGCAUGAGACACACCUCUCUGGUAAGAAAAUCCUCUCUUUUACAAACUCCAUAACUCCUUAACAACGCUGUUAUUUUAGUUGCAUCCUUCUUCAUAUAAUAAAGAUCUGAUCAAGUUUGAUUGUCUUUUUUAAAGAAUUGUCCAGCAGUAUUUUCUUCUCUGUUUUCAGGCUCUGAGGUUGUGAUUGACACAAGAACCCUGAAACCAGUUUCACUCAACACUGUGCUGUUUGUGUACCUGUUCCUGUGAGUUAAACGCCUUUUACCAUGACAUUUAAUCAUUUAUUCAUUCAUUUAACCGGGCAUUUAAUAUCAACCAGUAACUCUGCAUCUUUCACCUGUUAACUUAAACAGACUUUGAUUUCAUCCAUCAUUUAUCAAACAGUAUAUUUUCAUUCAUGUAAUCAAUCAUCAGAAUAAGUUGCAGAGUUUGCACAUUGAUCCUCAAAUGUAACUUUUCAUUUAUCCAAUAAUAUGCUUACUUAUUUAUUUAAAGUGACAUUUCGAUCUUUUCACAGAGUUUGUGUCCUGGUCUUGUCCUCAUGUUACCUUGCCUUUAAGAUCAUCUCAUUGGAGGAGAGGCUGUUAACAAUUGGCUCCGUCACAGAGUUCACCCACCAGGAGUGAGUUCACAGCCUGUCAGUGACACCCACACCAGUAAAAAGGCUGAAGACAGAGAUAUUUAAGGAACAGCUGGAGAGAUGUUUUAUUUAUGUUUCUGUUCUUGUUGAUGCUUCUCACCUGAUAACCAUGUUACCAUCUGGAAUUUGUUCCACAAACAGGUGGUAGUAAAAAGUAAUGAAGAAAUAUUUAUCGUUCAAAUAACUUUUGAGAUAAACCAUUCCUUCAUUUCAAAAUAACUCCUUUUCCAAUAUAAGAAAAUCAUGACUCACAUGCAAUGCCUCCUAGUACAUGCAGUCAUUACCAGUAAUUACUGCAAAAGUCCAAACUCAGUUCUCUUAUUCAGAACAGCACAGCAAAGUUAUUGAUUCAGUUGGUUUUAUUCACCAUACUUAACUGGAUGUCAUGUUGGUUUUAAAUAUCCAAUAAUCCAUGCUAGAUAUUUUGUUUGUUUUUUCCUAGAAACGACUUAUUUCAGGGAAGUGACAUGAACACAGAGCUUUUCUCUGAACUUCUCACCAUCAACCUGCUGAAGCUGGAGAAGGUCAGUCAUUGGUUAACAGGUUUUCAUUUAAUAUAAAGGGCUAAAAAUGGCCCAACUUGUGUGUCCAUCCUCGAAACUUCAAACAUCUUUCAAUUUUAUGAGAGAUUAACCAGCCAGUUUACCCUGAGAAGGGGGUUUCACAUUUUCCCCCAUUCAUUAUAAGAGAAGAGACAGAUGUCUUUAUUUGACAUAUGCUAAACUGUCUGGUUCUAGAUAUAGUCAGAUAAACCUCCACUGUACUACAGUCUCUCAACAAAAUCCUAUUUUAAAGUACCCUUAUGUUAAUCCCUUCAUUGAGCUGUGAAACUAAUCAUCACCUCAAAAACAGAACCGUGAAGCUUCAGGUCGUGUUUCCAGAGAGCGACCCGUAACCAGACUCUGGUUUCUGUUAAUCAAACAUUUAUAGUCAGUGAUCUGUUCAUAGAGAAGCAUGGACGUCACCUGUAAGAGGAGCUCCUUCGUUGUACUGGUUACAAUGACAAUAAAGGACUAUUCUAUUCUUCUAUUCUUUUCCUCAUUCAUCACUCUGCACUCAGUGUGAUGGAGAAACAUCAACAUUUCAGACUAACACUUGUCUGUUUACAGACAGAAACAGCUGACAGCCACACUCAUACUCAAGAUGUCAAAAUAAAGCUCAGUUUGAUCAUAACGAUUAAUGUGCAAGCUUGUUUCUUUUUGACCCAGCUGAUCCAAUUUUCAGUGAUUUGACAAAUAUAAGGCUCAGAAAGUUUUAUCACAUCCUAUCACAGUUCAUGUUACUUCAGUGUAUUGUAUGUAAUCAAACUGUAAGUUUCACCCUUCAAUAUCCCAUCACACUAUAAAGUCUCAUAUUGUGUUGGGUCAGAGAACAUUGGACAUGAUCUUAAGAUGAUGACCAAUUUAAACAUUUUCUGUUAUCAUAACAAAUGACUUUGGUGCAUCUGAGGGUAAUUUCUUAAAGCACAAUAUUACAGUAACUCAAAGCUUCUGUUUCUGCAGGUGCAGAAAAACCUCCAGAGGCUGCUGGAUGAAGCCAUCUGA